AUGGCAUUCACUAUGACGGCCCAUCUAUUCAGCCAUCUUCUGCCAGCUAUACCACCAUCUAUACCCAUCUAUACCCAUCUACCGCUAUCUGGUGCUAUUUCUGCUAUCUCUUUCAUCUAUACCCAUACAUACCCAUCUAUACCCAUCUAUACUCAUCUUCUGCUAUCUAUACCCAUCUCUGCCAUCUCUGCUAUUUCUGCUAUUUCUGUCAUUUCUGCUAUCUAUACCCAUCUCUCUAUCUCUACCAUCUCUGCCAUUUCUGCAAUUUCUGCUAUAUAUACCCAUUUCUGCGAUCUAUACCCAUCUACUAUUAUUUGUACUAUCUCUGCCAUCUCUACCAUUUCUGCUAUCUUACCCAUUUCUGCCAUCUCUGCCAUCUCUGCCAUCUCUGCUAUAUCUGCCAUUUCUGCUAUCUCUGCCAUUUCUGCCAUUUCUGCGAUCUAUACCCAUCUACUACUAUCUGGUGCUAUUUCUGCUAUCUAUACCCAUUUAUUGCCAUCUACUGUUAUCUCUAUCAUCUCUGCUAUCUAUGCUUAUCUACUGACAUUUACUGAAAUCUAUAAAUAUUUACAGCUAUCUAUUGUAUUUUCUGCCAUCUCUACCAUUUAUUAA